AUGGGAAGUGUGGUACCUGCUCAGGAGUUCAGCGACCGCGGGUUCAAGGACCAUGAGAAGCUGGUUGACCGGAUCCUCCAUGAUCGACGGACCCAGACAGCCGAACACUCUUCUGUUCUUGAUAAACUUCCCGCCGAGAUCAUCCACGAGAUCCUUUCCUAUCUGUCCGCUCGAGACCUUGGUCGCGUGUCUGCAAGCUGUAAAGUGCUCGCCGAGCAUGGCUCCGACGACCGACUGUGGGCCAACCUGGUCAACUCCCACCUGCCUACCCCAGUCCUCGAUCCGGGAGUUUUCCCAUCCUUCAGACGCCUGUAUCUCGCCCAUUUACCAUACUGGUUUAUCCCCCAGUACAAAAUCUGGUUCGCGGACAACGAACACACGGGCAACUUGAUUCUGGCUCGCUAUGACAACCGAAGAGGCGUGAUUGAGGCCUUCCGAUUGCUGGCAGAUCGAGGCAACCCUAAUUUCCAAAUCUGGCAGUCGAACCCCGAUGUCAUGAUUCAGUCGUUCGAUCCUAAAGUGUUCUUGUGGCUAGAUGACGCUGUCUUGGAUCUCAGAGACCUAAUGCCCAAGGAUCCCACGCCUGAUUGGCACAAGUGGAAGAUAGAACGCAUAAUGGCAAUCUCUGGUCAAUUGGAUGUUUUCAGCUCGCUCUUAUUGUGCGAGAAACCAGAAACGCCACUGCUUAUUAACCAAGGACCAGUAUGGCCCCCGUUGACCAUCCCUAGCGAGCACCGUAUUCGCAGAGCGAACUCUCGACAGAAAUUGUCGAAUCCUGAAAACUUCUCGCAAGCCUCGGAGAGAGCGUUUCGGAUUAGGAGAUGGGCCCAUUUCAAUGUGAUGGACAACGAAUUACGAACAACAUAUGCUACUCUUGAUCCGAGCUUGUACAUGCCGACAAGAGAGAAACCAUACCAAGGUAUCUGGGUUGGAGAUUACUCAGCCCAUGGAUGCGAAUUCCUUUUGUUCAUUCAACGAGGCGUAGGAGGCGAGAAUCCAGAGCACCAGGAAGGGGAUUUGAUCCAUAGCGGAAGUCUGGAAGCAGUCAAGCUUACAGGUGACCCGAAUGUUCCCCGUGGUGCCAUUUCAUUCGUGGCCCAUGACAUUGGACCUGGAGGUCUCAUCCGGGUGGACGACAAGGAACCGUUUGAAAACGCGCGUAUCGUGCGGAGCUUGGGACAUGUUGCUGGUAUUGGCUUCCAGGAUGACACGUUCAUUACCUCCCAGCUCAUUCUUAUUUCCCCGGAUACUAUAGCGCACUAUUGGGAGGAAAUGGGCCACGUCUCCUACUACCGCCGAGUGGAUAUUGAUGCCCUCAUCCGGAUAUGA